AAAAAGAGCGUCAUUUUUCUCUGCUUCACACCUCUCACUCUUAUCCCUUUGCAACUGUGCUGAUAUAUUCUUUUCCAUUUCUCAGCUUUGUUGUUAGCUCGAGGGAUAAAAUUGUGCUGUGCUCUUUCACUUUCAGUGUUUGUGUUUGUUUCUUGCUGCUAUCUUUCUAUUAUAAUCAUUUGUCUCAGAUAAAGAUCCGAUUUCCAAGGUGUUUCUGCGCAUCUCAACCUCUUUUUUUGUGUGUGAACCGCUUCUUUUUUGUGAAUCAACAAGUUUGGUGAGGUUUUUGUUCGGUCGGAGAGUAGAAUUCUCGAUUGUCCUGUUGAAUUUUGGAUGGACAAAUUUGGUGUUUGUGCGAUCAAGGACUUCGGUGGAUCUUUGAGCUGUUGAGAAUUCGGGGAUUUGUUUAGGGAGGAAUUUGGAGAAAGUGAUUGUUUUUCUGCAGCUAUGGUUAUAAAGGAAUGCAUUGUUUCAGGCUCACCUCUGCCUACAAACGACGAAAUUUCACUCGAUUUAGAUGGGCAAGACGUUAAGGAUGUCCAACUCAACGAACAGUUUGCUGGUGGGGAUGACUUUGCUCCCAAGGUAAGGAAGCCAUACACAAUUACUAAACAAAGAGAAAGAUGGACAGAAGAAGAGCAUAAGAAGUUUCUUGAGGCAUUGAAGCUCUAUGGCCGAGCAUGGAGGAGAAUCGAAGAGCAUGUAGGUAGCAAAACUGCAGUGCAGAUUCGAAGCCAUGCUCAGAAGUUUUUUUCCAAGGUUGCUCGUGAGUCUAAUGUGGGCGAUGGGGGUUUGGUGAAGCCGGUUGAGAUACCGCCUCCGAGGCCUAAGAGGAAACCGAUGCACCCUUAUCCUCGUAAGCUGGGUUCCCCUGUCAAAAUGGGGAUCUUGAUACCUGAAAGAUCGGCAUCUCCAAACCAGUCUCCUACAUCGGUGUUAUCUGUGGUGGGUUCGGAUCAAUCAUCCGGUGGAGCUGAUUCGUGUAUGCCUAAUGGCAGCUCGUCUCCAGUGUCGUCCUCUCCUCUUGCUCGCACUACAGCUCACAUUUUUGGUUCUGAGGCCCCGAAGCUUCUGUCAGAGGAUGGUGUCUCAUCGUCCCAGUCUGACCGUGAAGAUGAAAAUUCGAGUACAGAUGAAGAAAUACCACUGGAAUUGGACCUUUCGCCCAGAAAAACUUUUGUAAAUGAAGCAGCUACGCAGAGCUUGAAGCUGUUUGGUAAGACGUUAUUAGUUGUGGAUUCGUCUCGUUCGACUUGCAAUCCGGAAUCAUUGGACGAUGAUAAAAGAGUGGAAACUUGUCCCUAUCCUCUGAGAGUAGUGCCUCUGAAAGCUGCUGGUAACAGUACUUGUGAGGAUGCUUGGCGAUCAUUGAUGCAAGUCCACAGUAGUGAGAUGAAGAAUGAACUAUUGUACAUACAAUAUACAGGCAACACGACAAGCUCCUCUGCAGCUCCUUUUCCAUGGCUGAGUCUUGCAUCACAGUCAACUCGGGAAGUGCAUAGCCCAACCCCAAUCAGAGCUCAGUCUAAUGAGGGGUCUUCCUCUGGCUCGAAUACUGAUUCGGUUGGUGCGGCAGCAAGGGAGGAGACAUCUUCGUUCUCGUCUUACAAAUUGAGCAAGAGGAUAUCAGCAAACUGCAGGAGGGGCUUCGUGCCAUACAAAAGAUGUUUCACGGAGCAGGAUUCCUCAGCAGAAACUGUACAAGAGAGGGAGAAACAGAGGAUCCGACUCUGCUUGUAGCAUAGCUAGUGAACAAAAAAUUGAGUGUAAGUGACGAUUGACCUGUGUUGCAGGCUUCGACUGCUGGAAGGGGACGUGGCCCCGGCUGUGUCUGGUGUUGGUCUUCCUCUCGACGAUUUGAGAUGUCAAAUUUUUGUUCAUCAUCUGCAAGAAGCCUAGCCUAACUGCGCACUGUAAUCUAUGUAUGCAUGAAUGCAACCACUCUGUAAAUGGCUGUGAUUCGGUUCGGAGGAGCUUUGAGUAUGAGUUGUUCUGAGCUUAAUGUACAAAAGACUCCCAACGGUUUUUGAUGUGUUUUUUAAUCUGAUUUAGGAGAGGUGUGUGGCUUCUACUGUAGAAUGAUGUUGAUAGUAUGAGUCUGCAAAUCACAUGAAAGUGAGUACAAAUGUUGGUAGGAUAAGUGAUUAAUGGAUUUUAUUGUGAAAUGAUA